GUUGUUCUCACCUACAUCUAUGCCAAUAGACAGUCUGAAUGGAUAAAACCGUUUUUGGAGAAGCGAGCAGGCGAUAGCGUUGCGGACGCCAGGGAUGUGUUGGUAAUUUGGCGAAUCGAACACGUGAAGGCUCGUUUCACGUGGCUCGAAUCCGCCUGGGGUGUUGGUGCAGAACACUUUGAGACGUUGUUGGGUAGUGUAAUAUCACAAGUGACACGAUUGGAUCUGACCGCCCCAGUGGGAAACUUGAUAAAUGAGUAUGCGCCGUCGUGGUGGACGCGUAUGUGCCGCGCUUUGGUGCGCAUGGUACAAUCUGCCUGGUUCCAUAUAACAAAAGAAGAGGCAUAUCCCGUGUUGUCAGCUGUUGCAACGUUUCUUGUUAUUCUUGUUAUUGGCUACACUCUUAACUACAUGAAUCAGGAGUCGAGGCCUAAGAAAUUUGUGAUUAUUUACUUUUUUCUUCUGUUUUGGGAUAAGCCACGAACAUUCGCUAGUGAUGAGUGGCAUCCAGAAGAUCCGCAGUCGAAGUCAGAUCCUCCACAAAAGCCAAAUCCCCAGGCAAGAUUGCAGCGUGCACUGUCCAUAAUGAACCCACAUAUCCAUGAAUUGCGGGCAGAGAGCUAUUUCGGCAUGAUCCGUCUGCUGAAACCAGGGCUGUAG